GACGAGGUAGCGGGCUAGCGGGAUGGCGUCGCCGGUUGUAGCGGAUCUUCCUCGGCGUCCUCUCCUCCUCGGCCGCCACUCCCCACACUCGCUUCCCGUGGGCUGCGCGGGUGAAGGAGUGCGCGCGUGCGUACGUGCGGGUGGUUGGACUGGGAUCUACUGCUGGGUGGGGCGCGGGAUGGCGUCGUUCGCUGUGUCCGGCGCGAGGCUCGGGGUCGUGCGGCCUGGCGGCUCGGCGCGAUCUGGCGGGGAGCGGAGGAGUGCGGUGGACUUGCCGUCGUUGCUCUUCAGGAGGAAGGACGCCUUCUCUCGCACCGUUCUGAGCUGCGCUGGUGCUCCUGGAAAGGUGCUGGUGCUUGGAGGUGGCAGUGAUGACUUGCUUUCCUCCGCAGAGCCUGUCGUGGACACUCAACCUGAAGAACUACAGAUUUGA